UUGAGAAAAGUCGGGAAGAAACCCUAAUUUCAUCACUAUAAAUACCUCGUCUUCGCCGCUGGUGAUAAUCAUCCGUCGUCCGUCUACUGUCUGCGCGGUGGCACGAGUGCCCCCAAUUCGGGGAGAAUGACUGUAAGCGUAUCAGAGAAGUUAAAUGUUCGCGCCUCGUAUCUAAGACACAACACACAGCUUGCCCUUCAAUUUCCUCACAGGCCACACGGUCAUCACCACCGCCGUGGACGGAUUGGAAGAGACAGAGGGAAGAAUGCGAGGCCGAAAACAGUCACAGCGCCCCAAAAAAUCUUCAGGUGUAGAAGAUGCUGGUGAGGCAGUACCAGAUCCAGGAGGAGGCUGUUCACAGUCCAGUGAUGGCAGAGGAACUUUAGUCGAUGUUUCAAGGGCUGCUGUGGGCAAGCUUCUUAGUCGUGCAACUGGACGUCGCUUGUCAGGAACAAAGAAACAUGCUCUGCAGCCAUGUGAUUUGGUCGGAAAGCCAAAGUGUAAAGAUGGAAGAGAUGUAAAUUCAAUUAUGGACACGAAGGAGAUGUUAGAGACUGAGAAGUCCAAUGAGAAUGUAAUAGCAAACUCCUCCGGGGAUGUUAAUGUUCAUGAAGCACAAUUGCAGAAUUCUGCUUCGCAUGUUUUGGAAGACUUGGAUGAUUCAGAUUGGGAAGAUGGUGCUGCUGGCACUAUGGAUGGAACAGGGUCUUAUCCAAUGACCAUUGAAUUUAGUGAGACGCAGCAUGACUCUAUAAGGAGGAAGCCUAUUCGUCGAGCUUCUGCUGCUGAUAAGGAAAUUGCGGAGUUAGUGCAUAAGGUUCAUUUGCUUUGCUUACUUGGACGGGGAAGAUUAAUUGACAGAGCUUGCAAUGAUCCUCUUAUUCAGUCUGCUUUGCUUUCUCUACUUCCAAUACACUUGCUGAAGAACACACCGGCCAAGCAACUGACUGCCAGCUCUCUGAAACCCCUGGUUGCUUGGUUACACAACAAUUUUCAUGUUAGAAACCAAAUAAGGUCGGAGGGUUCUAUUAAUUCUGCUCUAGCUCGUGCUCUUGAAACGCAUGAAGGGACUGCAGAGGAGAUUGCUGCAUUGACCGUGGUGCUUUUAAGAGCUUUGGAUCUAACGGCCCGGUUUGUAUCCAUUUUGGAUGUUGCUUCUAUAAAACCAGAGGCUGAGAGAUCUAACUAUUUUAGCGAAGGGACUAGUGUAUCAAGUAGUAACAUUUUCAAGAACUCAACUUUGAUGGUCGAUAAAGCAGAACAGGUUGAUAGAAGUUCUCUUACAUCUACUUCUGGUGGUAAUUGUGAAAGCAAUGCAAUCAAUUUAUCAGGAAAGAAAACUUUUGUCCUUGAUGAGUUGUCUUGUACCACAAGUUCUGGCGGCAACUCAAAACCCGAUAUCUCCGAAACCUGCCCUUCUAAGAACUCUCAGGUACUGAAGAGGAAGGGGGAUAUUGAGUUUGAAAUGCAGUUACAAAUGGCUCUUUCAGCUACAGAAGUUGAGACUGCGCCUAGAAAUUCUAGCACAAAUUACUCAAACGUGCCUUCUUCAAAGUUCCCUUCACCAAAAAAACUGAAAAGAAUUGUUGAUGAAGAAUCUGCCUCUUCUUCCCGUGGAAUCUCCACUGCUGUUGGUUCAAGUAAAGUAGGAUCGCCCUUGUAUUGGGCAGAAGUAUACUGCAAUGCAGAAAACUUGACGGGUAAGUGGGUACACGUUGAUGCUGUAAAUAUGGUUGUUGAUGGGGAGCACAAAGUAGAGGAUUUAGCUGCUGCAUGCAAAACAUCUUUGAGAUAUGUGGUUGCCUUUUCUGGGCUUGGUGCUAAAGAUGUGACUCGCAGAUAUUGUAUGAAGUGGUACAAGAUAGAAAAAAAACGGAUUGAUACUCUUUGGUGGGACAGUGUAUUGUCACCAUUAAGGACACUUGAAGCACGAGCCACGGAGGGUACUGGUUUCUUGGAGAAUGGCUGCAUUGAUGACUUGAUGGAACACAAUAAAGUAAAAAUGCCAGGUUUAUCAGAAAGUUUGAAGCAGAAUUCUUUUGCGAAUGAUGGUAACUUGCCGGGGAAUUCAGAUCACAAUGUGUCAGAAGAGCUUGACACUGACCGAAACUCUUCUUUGGGUAAACAAUUUGUUGCUACAAAGGAUUAUCUGGAGGAUAUUGAAUUAGAAACUCGGGCUCUCACUGAACCUCUUCCAACAAAUCAGCAGGCCUACAAAAACCACCGUUUAUAUGCCCUUGAAAAAUGGCUUACUAAGUAUCAGACGCUUCAUCCAAAGGGCCCUGUUCUGGGUUUUUGUUCUGGACAUCCAGUUUACCCUAGAACAUGUGUCCAAAUGCUUCAGACAAAGCAAAAGUGGCUGCGUGAGGGGCUGCAAGUUAAAUCCAAUGAACUACCUGCUAAGGAGUUGAAACGUUCCUUAAAGAAAAUCAAAGUACAAGAGUCUGAAACUGAUGACUUUGAUCAGGGUGAUUCCCAAGGAGUCAUUCAACUCUAUGGGAAGUGGCAAUUAGAGCCAUUGCAAUUGCCUCGUGCUAUAAACGGGGUUGUGCCGAAAAAUGAGCGUGGUCAAGUGGAUGUGUGGUCUGAAAAGUGCCUUCCACCAGGAACUGUGCAUAUUAGAUUGCCCAGGGUAUUCAAUGUUGCUAAGAAGCUGGAAAUUGAUUAUGCACCUGCAAUGGUUGGCUUUGAAUUUCGAAAUGGUCGAUCAUAUCCUAUCUAUGACGGCAUUGUUGUCUGUUCUAAGUUUAAACGUGUGAUAUUAGAGGCAUACGCUGAGGAAUCCGAGAGAAGAGAGGCUGAAGAGAGAAGACAGAGAGAAAAACAAGCAAUUUCAAGAUGGUAUCAGCUUCUUUCAUCUAUUUUGACUCGGCAAAGGUUGAACAGUCGUUAUGGGGAUGACGAGAAUCCAUCACAGCAGGUGGUGACUGAGAUUCGGGGCACGAACGACAAGGGAAAUGUAGAUAUUCCUUCUUGUAAAGACGAUACAGAACCGGUCGAGUGCCAGCUCCAGCAGAAUAAUGUAAGUAACGCUAACAUGGAUGCUCCAUCUUUUGUCAAUGAAGAAGAUCAUAAGCAUGUGUUCUUGUUAGAGGAUCAGACGUUUGAUGAGAAAAGUUUGGUAGUGACAAAACGAUGUCACUGUGGUUUUUCUGUUCAAGUGGAAGAAUUAUAGUAAUGUUAGUGUCUUGGUUGGAUCUUUUUGUAUAUUUUACUAUCAGGUAGGGUUAAUCGUGUUGAUAUCUGUAAAAUUAUCUGUAGUGUAAUCUUUUCAACAUGUCAUAUAAUCUACCACCUAUUUUGGCACUCUA